GGGCGCCGCCGGGCUGAGGGGACGCGGCCUCGCCGGCCUUUGCCCCUCUUCGUGAGGCGCCCCAUCGCAGGGUGGGAAGGGAGAGAAGCGGCGGGUUCGUGUUUGCAAAGCUUCCCUGAGAAGAUGUCUGCUUCCCUCAGUCAUGUGUUUUAAAAGUGAGGAAAAUCAUGACAAGCGAAAGCUAUGUUGACAGAUGAGCCAAAGUCUAUGAAAGAUCAACCUAGUUUACUUUUUCUGCGUAAAGAAGAUCUGGAGUCAGCGGCUUCUUCCCCAGCACUGCCACCCUUCGUCCACCACAGCGUACCUGGUUACGAUCAUUGCAUACUGCUUCCGUGGGCUCUGGCCUAAGCCAUUUGGAUGACAUACAGUCACAUCUGGCUAUAUCUUCAGGUGGCAGAAUGAAAUUGCAGAAUCGAGUUUGGUAGCGAACAUCAGAAGUGGCCUGGAAAAAAAAUCUACCCAGCUGCUCUUUCUUUCAAAAAAGUCCUCACUCCUGCCCAGCCCAGCCAACGUUGGUGGGAUCUCUUGAGUAAAUCAAACAUACUAACACUAGCAUGUGAACACGUGUGUAGGUGGGUGCACGCGUAUGUACGUGCCGAAGGUCGUACUGCAGUGGUGCCAUGUCGUCUUUUGGGAAGCUUACAGAGUACUUCAGCCUAAGGAAAUCAAGGAAUGAAUUCCGAUCAGAACGACGGAGUAGCAGGCGAAGUGGCAGCUACUGCUGUAGUAUCACCGAAUGCAGAUCACUGGACAGAAAGCCCCAGAGACCUUCGUUAGGAAAAUCUCGAACUCUUCCCAGCAUCCCACAGUCCCCUGUCAUAAGCCGAGUUCCUGUUCUGGAUUCGAAAUUUUAUACUGAAGAUAUGCCAGAGCAGAAGCAGUGCAGAAAUCACGCUGCUCCGGAUUGUCAAAAAGGGUGUACAGUGCCCUCUACCGGAGAGGCGUGGCAGCUGGAAGAUGACUGCAGCGACCCUGUUCGAGACCUUUCCCUUCAGCCUAGGCUCUGCACCACUAUGGACGAGGCCCCGUUCAGAUCCUUCAGAACCCGGUCCUUCUACAUGAGGAAAAGUCUGUCAGUCGACAACCACCUGAGCUCCCUCAGUUACUCUAUCCAUCCCGCCGAAACCAAGACGGAGCGUGUCAAAACAAAACUUCGGAGGCAGUUUAGCCUUGGAUCAGCAGACAAGAAGGACUUGUACCCAUCAAAGUCUGAGAGCAGCCUCUCUAAGUUCACACACCGAUUAUCAGUUAAGCAGAAGCAGGAGAAGAAGAGAAAAGCUGAGUAUGGCUCAGCUGAGCUGCCUGCCUACCGUCCCAGAUCUUUGAGCAUUGAAUGGUCUUCCUCGCCUAAAAUGACACAGCAAAUGAGAGACUUACAGCUCACUCAGUCCAGGAAGCAGCCGGGGCCCUCCUCUCCAAAUGCCGCCAAGAGGCUGUACCGGAACUUGUCUGGGAAAUUCCGCGUGAACUACAUGUCCUUCGACGAGGGGACAGUCACAGGGAGGACUGAGAAGGAGAAGUUACGCAAGUCCUACCUUUUCCAAGGCAAUGCUGCGCUCUUCGAGGCCGUCGAGCUGCAAGAUCUGGACAAGGUGCAGGACCUGCUCCGGCAGUACAGCCUGGAGGAGCUGGAUCUGAACACCCCCAACAGCGAGGGCCUCUUGCCUCUGGACAUCGCCAUCAUGACCAACAACGCCCCCAUCGCUAAGACACUGCUGCUGGCCGGGGCCAAGGAGAGCCCGCACUUCAUGAGUCUAGAGAGCCGGGCUUUGCACCUGUCGACACUGGUCCAGGAGGCUGAGCAGCGGGUCAAUGAUCUCAUUGCCCAGGUGGUGAACGAGGUGCCCAACGCUGACUGCUCGGAGAAGGAGAAGCAACUGAAGUCCUGGGAGUGGCGCUAUCGGCUUUACAAACGCAUGAAUGCCGGCUUUGAGCACGCACGGGUUCCAGAUCCGCCCACGAAUGUUCUCCUGUCGGUGGCCAGCAGCACUUCUGUGGAAGUGGUCUUCCAGGAACCUCUAAGUGUCAACUCGGCUGUGGUCACCAAAUACAAAGUCGAGUGGAGCUGCUCCCCCGCCUUCUCCCCGCCAUUGGGCGAGCUGGUGAUCGACAAGCUGAAAAACCUUCGUGUCACCAUCCAUGGCCUCAUCUCGGGUACUGCUUACUAUGUCCAAGUUUCUGCCUACAACAUGAAGGGCUGGGGACCUCCUCAAACUUCAGUACCACCCUUUGCUAUUCCCUCAAAUUGGAGGGAAUAUGACGGGCGGGCGCCACGGCGAAGGGGACAAGCUGAAGCCUUAGAUCACCUCCUCACCCAGGUGAAGACUGUGCACCAGCACUGUGUGUGUCACGAACCCUGCAAGAAUCAGCCACAGAGCAGGAAGCACUCGGUCUCCAAGAGUCUAAAGUAUCUCUUCCAUCCCGGGAGCAAAUUCUUAAAGACGCUGAAAAGGGGUCUCUAUCUGGCUUCUGUAUUCUACAAGGAUGACAACAUUCUAGUGACGCAUGAGGAUCAGAUUCCCGUGGUGGAAAUAGACGACACCUACUCCUGUCUGCUUAUGCAAGACUUCCUCUGGUUCACCAAGGUCUCUUGCAUGUGGGAUGAAAUCCUCUGGCUGCGUCAGUGUGUCACCGUCUCCCAAACGUCCUGUUCCUGCAUCCUCCAAACCCGCUUCAAGAUGCUGCUGGCCAUCUCCCAAAUGCAGGGUCUGCUGGGCAUCCAGGACCUGGGACAGGUCUUUUUUGAGCCCCUGAAAGACAAGCAGGGCAACAUUUUGGUGGUGACCUUGAAGGAGGUGAAGACCAGCCAGACUUUUGAGAGCGUCCGCUGGGUUCCCCUUUCCAAGCUACCGACAAGCCGCAAAUCCGUCUCCUCUCCUGAAGAGCCCACUGCUCUGGACAUGCUGCUGCUGACCAUCCAGGACAAGCUGGCUUACCACCAGAAAAGCAGCCAGGCUCUCCCCCCGGGUCUCUACUUGGGUUACCUGAAGCUCUGCAGCGCUGUCGACCAGAUCCGAGUCCUGGUGCCCGAACGGUUGCCUAACAUCCUGUGCCAUGUGAAGAUACGGAACAACCCAAACAUCUCCAGGGAGGAGUGGGAGUGGCUGCAGCACUUGGCUGGGAUGGAAGAGCCCAUUCCCCUGGAACAAGAUCUCGAGGCCACCCCCCAGAAUCUCUUGCUCCAGGAGCUUCAAGGGGCAGUCAGAGAGCUGAUGCAGCUGUUAAACAUCCCAUUGCAUGAGGCCAAAGAUUUCCGUCUGUACAGUCAGGAAGUUCUGGACUUUGGAGGGCAGGUCUCCUUUCUCUUGUUGCUGCCUCCCUCGGAUGACGUGUGCACCGCUCCUGGUCAGAACAACCCUUACACUCCUCGGUCUGGCUUUUUCACGCUCCCCCUUCAGAUCUUUGAGCUAGUUCAUUUUUUCACGUACGACCACGAGUUCAUCGCUCAGUACUGCCAAGUGUCUGCCCUGUUGGAGCUGGAGUCGCUUCUCUCCCAGCAGAGCCUCAGGGAGGCCUUCUCAGACACCGAGCUGACUACCGCCAAGCAGAGGCACCAGCAAGUUCAGGACUAUAUGCAGCAAAUGGAGGAGAUCUGGCGGGAAAUGCGUUGGAUGAUGGAUGCCCUGCAGCAUGCGCGGUACAAGCAGCCGACCGGUGGUAUCCCGCUUGCGUUGUUCCUUGAGGAAUCUGCCAUUGAACUGAAGGAGAAGACUCAGUCGACCUCUUCUCACUUGGACUUCCUCCCCUCGCCUACCCCAUCUCCUGAAAUGAGUCGCAAGCUCAACUCGGCAGAUUCACAUGGGAUCUCAGAUGAGGAGGGCUCCUCCGAGGUAUUCUUGGCUACAGACAGCGACUAUGACUCCAGCAGGGCUCAAAGCCCCAGGGAGCUGGACCUCAUUUACUCCUCUUCAGGGCCCGAAUGCUGCAACAGAAGAAUUCCCCGCCCUUUGCGGGACAGUGCCCCCGACGUCCUGCAGAGUCAUGAGCUGAAAACGGCCCCGAUCCUGACAGAGGAGCCCCGGCCUCCCCCUGAGCUCUACGACAGUGACUUUGUGCUUCCCAGCCGGCAAAUAGAGCUGUUGCGCAUCACAGAGAAGCGGCAGGCAUAUUGCGUCCGCACCAGCAGCCUGGAUUUUCCGAAGCCCCUUUGCCACGUGGCCAGGAAGUCUUGCCCCGGUUCAGUGGACAGUUCCCCAACAGAGAGCAGGACUGCGGGCCGAUGCAGCCCAGUCAGGUUCGGAACAGGCUUGGCCUUCAGCCCCAAGCAUGGCUGGCCCUCAGAGAGCACCGAGCCUGUCUUUCGGACGCGCUCAGUCGAGUGGAUUCGUACCUUCCAAGAGAUACCUGAGCCAGGGCAUGUAGUGAACCGGGGCAAGUUGCCCGGCUCCACGGCGUUAUGUGUGUGCCCGCAAUAUGAAACAGGGCUCUCCAAAGAGACAAACAUUAAGCUGCACGUCACCAACAAGAUGUCGGCAGAAGAGGUGGUGAAGCUCGUGGUGGAAGAGAUGAACGAGGUCUCCCGCAACGUCCUGGGAGAUGCUGACGCGUUCUGCUACAGUGAGGAGCAGCUGGACCACUUUGGACUUGUGUUUGUGUCAGAUGAAGUUGAACAGUGGCUCCCCAGUGACUUCCUUCCCCUCUCGCUCCAAAAGGCUUGGCCUGACGGAAGGUUCUAUGUCCGGAUCAAAGAGACUUCUCCUCUCUUGUUUCAGUACGGGCCAGCGACCACUGUAUGAGAGGAGGGGAACGGGGGGAGGGGGGGCAGAAAGUAUGAAACAUCUAACUUCCAUCACCAAUGCUUCCUUCUUGAAAAGACACUUUUGUGCCAGAUACCAUGGGCCAAAACAGGAGCGUACUGGGCCAGCGUGUUGCUUUUGUGUGUGCGUGUGGGUUUAUUUUAACCAAAGAGACAAGACUGGGAUGUUGCGACAGCAAAAAGUGUGGGUGGAGGACAGGGGCCUUCUGGGUAGUGGAACAAAUCUGAAGACGUUUAGAAAGGGGAAGAGUUAGUGUGGAUUAAAGCAGCAAUACAUACAUAUAUUUUCCACUCUGAAAACAGAGAAGGGAUGCGUUGUUGAAGGAAAAGUUACUAAGAUUUUGGCCGGGGUGGACCCAAAAGUUUGGGGCAGCUGGGGAGGCAGGUGAACUCACAAAAACUUCGUGUCCUGUUAUCUGUUAUUGUUUUGCUGUUAACUGGAGAGACGGGAAAUUGCCCAUAUUUUUUUUUAACAUUCUGUUUUUCUUUUCUCGCAUCAAAGAUGCACAUGCCACGAAAACAUUGCAAGAGAUAUUUAGUACACUCAGCACAAAAAAUGGCAAGAGAUGUUCAAGUUGUAUGAGAAUAGGAAUUCCUUUCCACACUCUACAUGCAGGACAGAAUCUCCUCCUAGUAGGAAAAUCAGAUUAAUCUUUCACAUCAACAGGAGAGAGAGAGAGAGCGACUAACUUUCCCAGGUCAGCCCUCUCUUUGUGGCUCGAUGGCAGAAUUCCUGAGAACUCUGCAUUCAAGAACCCUUUAUGGGUUUUUUUUCCUUUUCUGCUUUCCCCUCAGCCUUUUAUCUUUCCCAUAUCCCAGUCAGGGAUCAGAAAGGGGACACAGGGAAAAAAUGCUGGGGAACCUCUGUAGGACCAAGUCUGCCCCCAGGUAGAUUAUCUGCUUCCCUGGAUCCCAAGCAUUUUUUCCCUUCUCCUAGUGGGCAUUUGAAAUGUAAGAACAAAGCAAUAAUCAUAGCCCAGUGUACCUCUCCACGGGGACUGCCAUUAAUCCACCCAUCUCCCUUUUGACAGAUCUUGCUGGCUGUGGAGUGAGGGUAGCUGUUUGAGGUAGAGAAGAGACUACUAAGGUAGAGAAGAUGCUUUGAGGAUCGUAAGCUUAACUGUAGGAGAAGACAGAGGUAAGCUAUCCCCAGUCUAUUAGAAUAAUCAGAUUGAGCCUGAAUUCUUGGGGCUGGUGAAAUAAUUACUGACCAAGGAAUUCAUAAGGUAGAUUUUUUAAGAGCUAUCCAAUUUUGGGGAGGCACCGUGGGACUAGAACAGGAGGAAGGAACUAAGCACCACCAUGGAUGGAAUAUAAACAAACUAAACAUUCAUGUUCAUUCCAUGGGCAGGAACUCAUGUUCUCCUUCUCCAUCACAUUAGCAAGGGAAAUCCGACAUGCUGGUUGUCUGCCUCUUUCUCUUUCUCCACAAAGAAGUCUUAUUCUUCUUGACACCAGUUUAUCCCCCGGCCCCAAAUCCCCUCUUUCUGUUGCAGCACAUAGAUCAGAUUUCUGUGUGCUGAGAACAGUCAGGGAAGGGUUUCCUUUCAAGUUCCUCAGCAGCUCCCCAGGUUUGUUCCAUAGAGUCCUCAUGGUUCAGAAGCCCAGACAGAACAUCAAACAUCUUGUUCAUACAGCUGAUCAUAACCAAAGGAACAUCAACCGUUAGAACUGAAAAGAUUAGACUGGUGCUGGGGGCUUUUGCUGUCUAAAUACAGACCAUCAAGUGUUCAUACACACCAAAAACGACUCCCCAAAUAACCGAGCAAGAACAUCUUCUGUCAGGAUUGCCUUGCAGAUAGUCAGCAGCUUUAGCAAAGAACAGCGUUGGUCCCAUCAGGACAGAGAACAUAACAGGGAUUUCCAAAGUGAGAGUGAACCGGCUGACCAGUUCUGCACUCUGAAUGGAAGCGACAACCUGAGGACAUCCAGCGGUAGUGAGAAGGUUCAAGGUACAUGGUGGACUUCUCUGGGGUCACAGAAAGUAACUAGAGAGGUUCAUGUCUGGCAUCUGAAUGUGUAUGAUACUGUGACUCAGUUGAGCCAGAGGUUUCCAUUCUCUUCUUUCUUUGCUCCUUCAGCAAGUUCAGUUUCAUCACAUAGAAAUAAUCAUAGUAGGCCCCCUUCUGACUCCAGACGGCUCAGUCUCUGGAGCUGUUGAUUCUGUCAGUCGACAGGGGCCUACAGCAACAAUCUGGGUUUCCUGUAUCAGAGGGCUUCAUGUACUGUCUGACUGGUUCCAAACGACAGCUCAGACGUUGAGCCAGAGGUGCGAACAUUCAUGGGUCAGAGCAAGUCCUAUCUACCUCCUUCCUUCUUGGAGGAAAUGGCAGCGAUAAAGUGUAGAACCAUACUUGGAAAACCUUCAGCCGGUGGUCUGAGAAGAGCUCGAUCCCACAGAAAGGAGAGGUGCUUUGCAGUUUGUACAAGGCAGAGCUGCAAAAACAACUGAGCGCCAUGCCCUCAAGGAGAGUGCUCUCGGCCCUGAAUGGAGUAUCGGCCUGGAACAGCAGGAACGACCCAUCCUCUCACCCUUAGCUUACAAGUUCUCAAGGGAGUUGUGUUCCCCAUUACGUUUUGUUAUUCAGUGUAGUGUUCUGAGGUAGAGUUUUCCAGAGAUUGUUUGUGUUAUAACCAGGGCAUCUGCUCAUACAUUCACAAGGCAACACAAAAUGAAUGGCUGGUUCUGAUUCUGGGAGGUACAACCCGCUCUGAGAAGACAAAUGGGUUGGUUAUCCCUGAUACAGAAGCUGCCUGCUUUGCUUCUGAGAGAAAGAAGGACUGUUGACAUCCCAUACGUCCCUGUCCCCUUCAAAGCAGAGAGAUCAAUCUAGUGAACUUUGGCCAGCUCGUUGACGCAUGGUGUGGAGAUGGGACCAGGAUGCCUAUAUGUCAUCGCGGCCCUCCAAAUGUUAUGGACUACAGUUCCCAUGCUGGCAGGGGAUGAUGGGAACCAUAGUCCAUAACAUCUGGAGGGCCUCGAGUUUGACAUUUGUGCUCUAUGUCAUCAUUUAUUUGGGUUUGUCGUUUGCUAGUUUCCAGUGACAGUGAUUAUGCCUUUCCCCUAGUUUAUUCCUAACCGGGGGGUGGGGGGUGUUUCCUACGCUGACCGUUCUGGAUCGGGGAGACAGGAAGCUCCAUCCACUGACAAGGUCCAAGGUUAACCUAGUCUUCCUAUCAGGAGGAGGUGAUCGCUGUAGAGACUGGCCCCUUAAAACAACAAUUUUUAUAGCUGGUUAAAAAAAACCCACCUUUCUAUUUGUGUGAAAAGAACAACAAGAAACUAUAAGCGUGCAGAUGUUGAUUUUGCUGUCAUCAGAUGUUGACUUUAUUGAGGCACCCGUUGUGACCACUCUUGAGUUUGUUGGGUUUUUCCUUUCCUCUCUCAGUUGUUGUUUUUCUGUUUCCGUGAUUGUGAUUGGUUGCUCUUGUACAUCCGAUAAGCAUGACGUUUUGUUAAGCCGCUAGGUCUCUUUGUUAGCCGCAACUUAUUAUCAGAACCGUGGUCCGUAGUAAAGACAGCUGUGCCGCUGAGAACGAUCCCAUCUUUCCUUCUUGUGCCACAAUGCCCUUUUCGGCGAAAACACCUCCGUCCUCCUGUGUCCCUGAGAUGACCGUUCUGAUCUUAAAUUCUGGGUUCCAAAGGAUAUUGUCAACUUCCUGGGAAAAAAGUUUUUUUCAGUUUGUGGACUAGCAAAAAAAUUUACACAGAUGUUGUUUACAGAAAUGUCAGGCUGUAUUUCAAAACCCGAAGAAGUGGUUUCAGGGAGGGAGGGAGCCGAAUUGUCUCUCGCCGUGCUGGAAUUCAAAACGGAAAGAUCAGAAAAUGAAAUCGACCGUAAAAGUGGAGGGAGACACUGGGGGCCCCCUCUCCCUGAGCGAGACGAGUGAACAUUUUUGUAAAAAUGAGCUCAACCCUGCAAUGAGCUCUUUGUGUGUGUGUGCGUGUGUGUGUGUAUAUAUACAUGUAUAUAUAAAUAACAUUGAUCAUAUCCCCUUUAA